UCUCUCACUCCUCACCCAGCUGUUGUAGAGUCUGUAGUGUUCUGUGGAGCUUCUGAGAGUUUGGAGCUUAUGAAAUUGACGCUUUACGCGCACUGCACCGGAUCAAGCGCGUUCACGCAGCGCUCAUAGCGCACAGUCGUUUUUAGAGAGCUCUUAUUGAUGGUUUUUUCCUGGGUCACUCCAUUAGGAGUGCGGUCCACCUGCGGUCCCGUCGAGCAGCGCGUCAUGGAUUACAGUCACCUGAUGGCGCCUCCGGUGCCGCCGCACAAACCCAGAUCCCCGCGCCCCGCGCACUGCCAGGGCCGCCUGCUGAAGUGCGUGUUUCUCGGGGACGGGGCUGUCGGGAAAACCAGCCUGAUUGUCAGCUACACGACCAACGGUUAUCCAACAAAAUACGUCCCGACAGCGUUUGACGAUUUCUCAGCGGUCGUACAGGUGGAUGGACAGCCAGUGAGACUGCAGCUCUGUGACACUGCAGGACAGGAUGAAUUCGAUAAGUUGCGUCACUUCUGCUACACGCGGACUGACGUACUCCUCCUGUGCUUCAGCGUCGUUAGUCCCACUUCCUUCCAGAACAUCGGUGAAAAAUGGGUGCCAGAGAUCCGACGCCGUUGUCCGCUCACCCCUGUGCUGUUGGUGGGCACCCAGUGCGACCUACGGCAGGACGUCAAGGUCCUCAUCGAACUGGCACGGCACCGAGAGCGACCCAUCCUGGAAGAGGACGCCCGCGCCCUGGCAGACAAAAUGGGAGCGGUAGCCUACAUAGAAUGCUCCUCUCUCACACAGAAAAACCUUAAGGAGGUGUUUGACGCCGCCAUCUCCGUCGGGCUCCGACACUCCGAUCGAAGAUCCAGACGAGAGAGGAAGGUCCACAGUACUGCUGAUAAAAUGAAAAUGCUCUCGAAGUCGUGGUGGAAGAAAUACAUCUGCAUACAGUAGCCAAGAUCAAACCCAUCUUCUGAGACACGGACAAUGUGAUGGACUCUUGUUUAGCGUCACGCUGCUCAACAAAGGACGGUUUUGCUACUGUAAGGAUGAUGUGAAUGGUUGCAAAAGGUGCAACUAGCUUCCCAAAAUAACCUUUGCAGGGCAGUUGCUAAAAGUCACAGGGCUCGGGAUAAAGAUUUUCUUCUACAGUAGAUGUAGAGGAAAUUAUCUGCUAUGUUUACAUCCAUGUGUUUUCAUGCAAAUCUGGGAUAUAGCAUAAACACGAAAUGGAAAUUGCAUACAAAAAAAAAACAUGCAUUAAGCUACAAUGGAAAUACAUUUGCAAAUAAAUACCUGGUUGCGCAAACAAAACUCAAGUGCCUCAACAUAGCCAGUGACUGGGUCACUUAUUUUUAUUGUAUACCAUCAAAAUCAUAUUAUGUGGGAAUUUUCUUUUUUCCUUUAUGCCAGUUUCCCAGGAAUUGACUGUUUUGUUCUCUGGAACACAUGAAAUGGAAACGGUACUUUAUUCGCAAAUGUUUCAUGCAAUAUUCCAGUCUAAUUUGCAAGUUUAAAUGCAAACAUAGCUACUAAGACUCUUCGUCACAAAGCUUAGGAUGACAUUUUCAGUUGUUCUCCGAUAAACAAUGCUGACUGUACAGAAUGAACACUUGAAAUAGCUCAACUGGAUAGUGAAGAAAACUGUUGACCUCUUCCAAAGCAAAAACCCUCUGAUUAUGGUUUUAAAAAUCAACUAAAGCUUUUUUUUUUAUAACCAAAUACAUUGGUACAGUUUCUAUUUAUUUACCCAUGUCUUCUACCUUAUGAAUGCAUGUACGAACAUUAUGCAGCCACAUGUUAAUAAUGCUAGCAUGCUAACACUGGUGAUUAAGCCUCCUUUCUGAAGUCACAAAGGCAGUCCUGUGGCUCUCUAUGCCCACUCCAAGUAGUCCUUUCUAUCCCUUUAUGCUGAAGUGUUCAGUCUGUAAAUGAACCUUCUUGUAACUGUAGUCUACCUUAUGAUUGUUUGGAGUACAGUAUAACUGCGUCUUCUGUACUGGUUAACACAGCCUUGAAAUGGAUGGUGUUCAGUGAACUCUUGUUUACUCUUAGUCACACAAAGGUGGACCUGUUAACCAUAAAACAUCACCUUUGCAUGCCAUACAGUGCAUUGCACUUGUGAUCUCUGGUUAACCCCUAUUGCAGUCUUUAUAUUCAACUUGAUCAACACAUGGUACAAAGUUCUUUGGCUAUGUGUCCUCCUGUUUAACCAGCAAUGAUGGAGAUGAUCAGCCAAUGAGAUGUUCAGUUUGCUUCUCAUUAUUCAGAAGCCCAGUCAGAGUCAUUCAGUCAGAGAUCGGCAACACAACUUUGUAUUUUAUUUUUAUUUUUCUUUAAGCUAAACCAUGGCCUUAAGCGGUUGGUCACUGUUGUGCUCUAUACAUGUAUACAUCAGAAAGUGGCCUCUGUUCUUUAUGUACUUUAUCGCCGCCACAAUAACACUAUCAGGGUAAUCUACUUUUAGAUUUGUACAUUUUAUGAUUGCAUUUUAAUUUAUCUUACUCUAUAAACACUCCUGUUUAUGGUACGGUGUGCAUGAGUGUUUUGGUUGCUGACUGCUAUCCAUGUUUUUCAAGGAAAAUAAAUGUGACAUUAAUUAAAA